AUGUGUAUAUGCGAUGCAGCUCUAACCUCUUUAGAAAAUGCGAAUGAAAUUGCAGCAGUUUUGCAAGAAGCAGUGGAAAGAGCGAAUAAUUACACCUUUUCACCCUCGAUGUGUAUGUUUGCUUUGUCCACAGUAAUCCAGUGUGCUAUUCAGUCAUACUACCCAAUUACUAAUGAUGCUGAAGUGAAAGAAAAUUGGGAUUCGUUGGCUAAAAUGUUCAAUUGUACAAUAUAUCCAAGAGAUGUUGUUGAUGGGAGUGCAAUUGACUAUGUCCAUAUCUUUCGUUGUGCUGCGAUGCCACCUUCUUAUUUGAUUCGUACUACUAAAAAAAGUGAAAAUUACUUCAUUAGCGAACUAAAAUAUAUUGCAAUGGAUAAUGUUCAAUUAAACGACAUCUUUAUUUACGAAGAAACUUCAUUAGAAGUUGUUGAACAACUUGUGGCCACUGGUCAUUACGGAUCAGCGAAGAAUAUGGAAGAAAUUUUGGACAUUGCAAAAAGGGCCUCUAUUGCAAAACGUCGUAUUGAACUGCUCGAAAGAUCAUUUUACGACCAGAGUGCAGAAGUUGAAUAUUUAGCAUUAUGCUGUGAAGACUUUGGCGUUGGCACAACUGUUGAAGAAAGUUCAGUUAAAGUUGAACAAAAUGAAGCAACAGCAGUCAACAAGUCCAUUGAAGGAACCACAGCUGUCAUUCAACAACAAGCGACUGAAAACGCCAUUUCAAUCUUGUAUGAUGAAAUAGUUGCAGAAGUUGUUGAUGAAAUGGUAAAGCAGGUUGACUUGGUCAAUAUUGCAUUGAAGGACUUUGCUGAGAACUUGGUUGUGCUUGGUGAUGAUGAUGAGCCAGAUCAACUUACUGUUGGUAGUGGAGACAUCACUGAAACACAAACGUGUUUGUGUUUGAAUGAUGUCUCCACUACCGUAGAUGGUGGUGAGCAGAUUUUCCAAGCUCAGCAUCCUGUUGAUGAUGGUAAAAUCACCAAAGACCUAUUUACUCAAGUUGUUGGUGAAAUCAAAAAAGGCGUAUCUACUCUAGCUGUUUGUGAAAUCACUGAAGACUUACCUACUCAAGUUGUUUGUGAAAUCAGCGAAGACUUACCUACUGAAGUUGAUGGUAAAAUCACCAAAGACUUAUCUACUCUAGUUGUUGGUGAAAUCACUGAAGACUUAUCCACUCUAGUUGAUGUUGAAGUCACCAAAGACUUACCUACUCUAGUUGAUGGUGAAAUCACUGAAGACUUAUCUACUCAAGUUGUUGGUGAAAUUACUGAAGACUUACCUACUUUAGUUGAUGGUGAAAUCACUGAAGACUUACUUACUCAAGUUGAUGUUGAAAUCACUGAAGACUUACCUACUCAAGUUGUUGGUGAAAUCACUGAAGACUUACCUACUCAAGUUGUUGGUGAAAUCACCAAAGACUUAUGCAUUCAAGUUGAUGGUGAAAUCACCGAAGACUUACCUACUCAAGUUGUUGGUGAAAUCACUGAAGACUUACCUACUCAAGUUGUUGGUGAAAUCACCAAAGAUUUAUCUACUCAAGUUGAUGGUGAAAUUACCAAAGAUUUAUCUACUGAAGUUGUUGGUGAAAUCACUGAAGAUUUACCUGCUCAAGUUGUUGGUGAAAUCACUGAAGACUUACCUACUCAAGUUGAUAAUGAAAUCAGCAAAGACUUACCUACUCAAGUUGAUAAUGAAAUCAGCAAAGACUUACCAACUACUAUUGUUAGUGAAAUCACAAAAGACCCAAGUACUGUUGGAGAUAACGAGAUUAUUCAAGCCCAUCUUACUGUAGAUGAUGCUGACCAAGGUGAAUGCCUAAUUAAAAAUGAUCUUCUAGUUAAUGUUCAUGAUAAGCAUUCAAAAUCCACCUCAGUUGAUGAUUGUGCUCAAGAAAUCAAAAUUAAUCAGAUAUAUUCCAAAGAAGAUAAUUGUCACCAUAGCAUCAGAUGUGGAAAUCUGAACGAAAAUGUUACUGAAUCACUUCAUGACAAUCUUUCACUGACAACACCAUCAAAUGGCAGAAAGUUGAAGAAAAAGAAGGGGAUUUUUUCGAAGAUUAUUUUUUUGCUGUUUCAAGAGUAA